UCCGUACACAUGUUUCACGUCGUGGUUGAAUAAAACUUCAAGAAGAAACGCAAAUCUCGAGUUAUCCUAAACACUAUGUCUUUUAUUGAUAAAUUAAGAGCAAACUGGUUUCUAUUAGGAAUAAUAAUUGUUAUAGUUUCUGCCAAGUUUAAUCCUGAAAUUGGGAAAAAAGGAGGAAUAUUAAAACCUGAAGUUACAGUCAAGUAUGUUGCAGUUUCUGUGAUAUUCUUCAACAGUGGUCUUUCCCUAAAAACUGAGGAGCUUAUGAAGGCUUUAUUCAAUGGGAAGCUGCACAUCUUUGUCCAGUGCUUCACAUUGAUGUUCAUUCCAUGCUUUAUGCAAGCUAUUGUUGCCGCACUGCAACUAUCGUCAAUCAACAACUGGCUGUUAAAAGGGUUGCUGGUAGUAGGAUGUAUGCCUCCGCCAGUGUCCUCAGCUGUGAUACUCACUAAGGCAGUCGGUGGAAGCGAGGCAUCUGCGAUAUUUAACUCUGCGUUUGGAAGCUUUUUGGGAAUAUUCGUGACGCCAUUAUUAAUACUACAUGUAGUUGGUGUAAGUACAGAGGUUCCAGUUGUAGCGAUAUUCAGUACACUCGCUAUGACUGUAGUUGUGCCUCUACUUCUUGGACAGCUUGUGAGAUGGUGCAUUCGUGACUGGAUCCAACGAGCAAGUAUUCCAUUUGGGCCAAUUGGAAGUGCAAUUUUGCUGUACAUAAUCUAUACGACAUUCUGUGAUACGUUCAGUCAUGGAGAAGGCCUACUCAGCAUGGGUGACAUUUUACCAAUAGGAAUUACAGUUUUUUGUAUUCAGGUGGUACUUCUAUCCCUCACCUUCCUGCUGUGCACUAGAGGGCCGGUAGCAUUCUCGCCAGCAGACAUAGUGGCAGCCAUGUUUUGUGCUACACACAAGUCCCUCACAUUAGGUAUUCCAAUGCUAAAGAUAAUCUACCAUGGCGACCCUCACUUGUCACUGAUCUCCUUGCCUCUGCUAAUCUACCAUCCAACACAGAUUCUGCUGGGAAGCAGCUUGGUACCAUCUAUUAGGAAAUGGAUGCUCAGAGCUCAGCAUAGAAAAUCUACGUUAUCUGGUAUAUGAUGAACAGAAAUUCCUCAUCGCCUUUCCGUGAGGCAGAACCAUUGUUUGAUACUUCGUUUUAACAUGAGGAUUGCAAGUAUAUGAGAAUCUUCAACUAACAGCUUGCACCUGCCAAACACAUUAUGUAUAUUUUUUAAACAAAAUUAUUAGUAGCACUUGUGAAUACUAAUUUAUAAGUAUAUGUAGCAAAUAAUAUAUAUUAUUGGAAUCGUCUAAGGUAGUGUGUGAUAGGGAUAUGCACUGUAUUGUAACAAUUAUGCUAUAUGGGAAUUUCCACAUUGUCAUUGGUAUUCAGAACAAUAUAUAUAUUUUUUUAAAGAUUAUAGUCUAUAUAUUCUUCAAGAUAA